CAAAAGUGUUACUCCACGUUCUCAAGGCCACUUCGGGCACCGUUUCGCGCGACGUGUGUGCCUAACGUGUCGGACAAUCUUUGCAAAGGGAUUGAAAUCUACCCGGCACGUUAGUCACCAGCCGUGAAUCCUGGGUAGUUGAAAACAAUUACAACUUCGCUUAAUUGUUUGUGACGUCAGCACAGUGAUAAGACAGCGUGACAAGAGAGAUGCGUGCGCAUCAGUUAUGACCCAUCCGCGUAUGUAACUUGGCAGCUCAUCGCUAUAGCAACCGCGAGAGUUACGCAAUCUGUCGGGUGUGUGAAUACUAUAAACGAUCCACAACUGUCCUGGUAAAACGGUGAUUUUCUUAAUACAUUUCGUCUGAAACCGACUGAUCAAUAUUAUCGCUGCAAUAGGGCGAGUAUCACAUGAGAUAAAGUUGUUGCUGCAAGUCAAAUAAACACCACCCCUUUCAAAAGUUCCGCCGCUGAGUACGGGGGAUUGGAUUUGAAAUAAUCGUGUGCAACGCCAGCUGGUGUUCACAUCAGUAAAUGUUACAUAUUCAUUAACCUGCGCAUUCUGUUGACAAUUCUCGCGGGUUCUGCGCAUCGCUUUAGACGGCAGUAGUGAAAGCAACAUCCAGCAGCAACCUAACCUAGCGAAGACUACAACUGCGGGUAUCGUCGGAGUGAUUCAAUACAAUAUGGCUUUGGAAUUAGAAGGUUUAUUCUUCCUCUAGCUGAAAAAUGAAGAAGCAAAACGUUCGGACGCUGUCGCUGAUCGUUUGCGAAUUCACAUAUUUGUUGAUCGGUGCUGCUGUGUUCGACGCCUUCGAGUCCGACAAAGAAGAGUCAGAACGACAUUACUAUUACGAACGGGAGAAUGAGAUACGACGGCGAUUCAAUAUAACCAACGACACGGAAUACGACGAACUGGUACAUGUAAUAAUCAAGUUAGUCCCGCUCAAGGCCGGUAUACAGUGGAAAUUCUCCGGCUCGUUUUAUUUCGCCACGACGGUAAUCACUACAAUAGGAUAUGGUCACACAGCGCCUUUGACUAUCGGCGGCAAGCUGUUUUGUAUGGGGUAUGCCUUAAUAGGAAUACCGCUCAGCCUGGUGAUGUUUCAGAGCAUCGGCGAGAGACUUAACGUUUUUACCGCCUAUUUACUGCGGCAUAUCAAGAAAUGUGCAGGAUUUAGAAACACGGAGGUAUCACAUACGAACCUGGUGAUGGUUGGCGCGUUUAAUGUAUCUGUUAUUACAGUCUCCGGAGCUUUUGCUUUUACAUAUUUUGAGGAUUGGUCUUGGAUAGAUGCUUAUUACUAUAUAUUUAUAACGUUGACUACAAUAGGUUUUGGCGACUAUGUCGCACUGCAGAAACAGAAUGCGCUACAAUAUGAACCGGAGUAUGUUGCGUUCACUCUGAUGUAUAUUCUUAUCGGCUUGACGGUUGUGGGAGCAUCGCUGAAUUUGCUCGUGCUGAGACUGCUCACGCUGAACACAGAGGACGAACGCAGGGAACAGCAGGCUCAGAGAGAAGCCGAGAUACAAAGAGAUCAGGAACUAAGGGAGUUUCACGGCAAUAGCAUCGAGGCACAUCAUGUGGAUCUGAGAGGGUAUGACACAACCCAUUACCAUACACCUCACCCUGCGCCUUACCCGGAAAUCAAAAGUACAAUUUCGAAGAUCUGUCCAUGCACUUGUUUUAGUAGACGGAAAAAAUAUUCUUACAGUAACGCGGGGUCAAAAAAAUACCCAGGAAAUUCUUUUCAGUUGCAGCCAAUUAACGACAUCUAUAACGGGUUCGCAGAUGAGCACACGUUUCUACAGUACCAAGCGUUGAACAGCCGGAAAAGGGCGUCGAUCUAAAUUGAAGGAAUCUGGAAUUUGCUCGUGUUAUUGUGCACAACAAGUCGUCGUUUCAAUUUGGGGUACUUCGGCGCCCGCAGCAGUCAAAUAUGCACUACCAUGUGCGAAUACACACAACAAUUUGACAAUGGAUUGUCGGUGGGGACAGUGGGUAAAUACGCAAAGAAUCACGGGCAUUGGCGUAUGUGUGCGCAUGCCCACGACCAUGUAUUUAUAAACACUAUACAUACAAUUUAAACCCCACCCCACGGGCCGGUGACUGCUAACCGUCAACAAGGUAUUGUCCAUUCCUUAUUAAUCUCAGCGUUCAUUACGAGUUGCGUAUUUUUGUUUUCAUACACAUUUUUUUUAAAACAAUGCAAUCCUAAGCUACUCAAAUAGAUAAAUCCGUCAGCUUGUCUCAAAUAUAGCUAUGCGGCGGCUGAUAUGACAAGAUUAUUGCAAUACUAUUUCUAGAAGCACCAACUGUGGGCUUUUCUAGGUCAACAUUGCUACAAGAGUCUGCGUUAAGAUUAGUUUGUGUUAUGCAGAGACUCUAAACUUCUAAAUACCUUGAACAUCAUCGUCUUUCUCCAAAAUUUGUUAAGUUUUUUCAUGAGUGUUUUAUGCAAUAUUUUUCACGUGCACCAAGCUGCGACACGCACUCUUGCCCCCCCCCCAAAUUGUCUCUUCAUUGAACCACAACGUAGUAAUUUGUUUCAUUCGUAUCCCAUGGAUCCAGGGAAUUUCACUGUGGAAAAACAAUGCCCAUUUUGCCACUUUUUUUAUUUAUACAACUUCUUCCUCCAAUGUGUUUAUUUAUUUUAAAAUACAUGGAUGGAAGAAUUAGUGGGUUUAUGGCGACAAUUUUUAAUUUGUGUGUUUUAUCCCAAAGAACCGUUGAGCAAUAUGAUGACGCAUUUUGUAUGUUUAUAAACUUCUUCGAACCUUGAAUAUUAUCAUAUUUUUUUUGUAAAUAAUACUAUUUUAUUCCGUUUUGUCGAUUAAUUUAUUGUAUAGGUAUGUAAAUAGAUUCCAAAACCACAGUACACGGGUGCCCGGGCAUAUCUUUAUUUAGAUAUUUAAUUCCCGCUUUGGUCAAUGACCUCGGGAAGAUUUGGGGGUAUUCAUCCCUGUCUUUCCAGAUAUUUUCAUAUUCCGAUGUCGGGGUGUUUUAGCACCGACCUCGGCGUACAAGUUCACUUCCUAGUCUGGUUAAUCUUUGUAGCUUAUACGGUAAAUACUAAUGGGAGAAGUCGAAUCCCCACAUAAUUUCAGGCGAGUGCAGGGCCCCCCGUUAGAAAAACGAUACAACUGCUUACUAAAAAUAGACACGGCUGUUAUGGGUCUCCAGUGUCGAUGGGAACGACUAAUUAGUGCGCCGCCCUCAUCAUCGCCAUAUGCGUUCAUUUUUAUCUUCGUUAUGACAUUAAUAAUGCACACUUCUAUCGCAUCUAGUUCCGGCAGACGUUUCUACGAGCGGCAAGUGCUAAGAAUACUAACCCCUCCCGUUUAUUAGCUUACUUUGAAUCGCCCCUUAAAUGCUGGCUUCUCCACAAGACGUCAUAGCACACAUGUUUGAUUGUGUUUGUGGCUAUUUUUAGAUACGACCCGCCAUUGAGACCGUCUCAUUCCAUAGUACAUUGAUACGGCCGAUUUAGGAUAAGUAUGAGUACCAAAAGUUAAAAGUACCCUUCUGUUCGACACGGUCAUUUUUCUGGGGGUAUUCACCAACCAUGUCCCAAAGUACGUGCAUGUACAUUUUCAACGAAAACGCGCCAAAAAUUAAUAAUUAAACCACAGACAUCGCAUUAUCGUCUGUUUUCGUUUGGUGUUAUAUGACACACGGUACUACUAAAAAAGGAGAUAAUUGUAGGGAAGACCAGGGAGGGAAGUCCCGGUGAGUCAAUGUCAAUAUCUCGGCCAUCCCGGCAAAAUGCUAACCAUGACGGAAUUCUGUAAUUUGCGUAUAGUAGGAGAAAAUCCAUGUGCGCUGCCCUAUGGAUGACAGAACAUAUUUAUAUAUAUCUCCGUAAGCUCUGUUAUUAUUAAUAUUAAUGCGCAUUGAAAAUAUAGUAAGGACCCCCGGCUACAGCGUAGAGUAGCAGCACGUUUAAUUGAAUCCCGCCAUGGUACGACAUUUCUCAGUCUCGGAUUCUAUUUUUAAUUGAAAUGUUUUUUAUUCAUUUUCGUGAAGUGUUGAUUCUCUGAAAACCCGAAACAUGGGUGCAGUUGUAAUUUCAGAUUGCUUCAAGGCCAACGGGAGAAGGGGAGUCUGAAACGCCUGGCAUGUGGAAUAUUUUUAUGUUCUGUCAUCCUGUUUAAAUAUUGUACAGAUCUGUGCACAACAUCAAGCGUCUUUUAUAUAUGCACUUUAUUUGUAACACAACAUUCGUCUCUCCAUUUUGCUGUUCACUGCCUCAGUACGCCAUUUUCCAUUUUACCGACCAUUUCAGCGUCGCUUUUAGGAUAAGUUCUGUAAUUUUAAAGAUUACCUUGGCGAAUAUACGGUGUAGUUUUAAAGUUCGUUUCUAGUGUAUUUUUAUUUAUUUUUUGAAGUCACAUGAAGGUUAAAUAUGUGGAAUACUUUUAAUUGUCAAUCGUGGGUUCAUUUUUAAAGAUGGCCGCCAUAUUUGAUCUUCAUCAUACAUCGAACCUUCAUCUCAUUUGGCGCCUUAUGAAUACAGAGUAUGGGAAUAUAGAAUAUUCAACUAGCGAUUUUCUACCGAAUAAAAUGGUAAACUUUUUUCCUCGAAACUUAA